CCUAUAUAUCAUUCCCUCGAGGGUAAAAACGUGAAACUUCAAAACUUUAGAACCGAUGUUGAUUACUUAAACUUAUGGUAAAUAAGACCUACCAAAAUACCGCGAAGAGCUCAGAAAGUACGCGAUAUUUUCUUAAGAACUUUUCUUAUACGAACUCUCGGCAAACGGUAAGGGCUUCAGAUUAAAACUCAUUUUACUUAACAUGCCAUCAUUUAAACUUUUUACUCGACGAUAUCUUUUACAAAAUAAAUUGAUGAUACUUUAUAGGCCGAGCGUUUGCGAACAUCUUUAUGUCAACAUGGACAAAAAUGCUUUCGUUGCUUCGUAUGAUUUUCGAGAAACAUCGUGAGCAGUAGGGCUAAGAUGGUCGGCUCUUUAUCAUUUGUCACCAUGUCUGUCACGUUCUAACAAGUAUGUAAGUGCGAAAGUGACGGGCAUAGUGACAAGCGAUAAAAAUGGAACCAUGCUGCCACCGCUGGUACGGUAGUUAGAUAAGAUUUUAUGUUGUUUCUGGUUUUGUUCAAUGUUAAAAACGACGGAAAUUAACAUAAAGGAUUUAAAUGCCAGUAGGGUAUGACUCAAUGAAGUAAGUUGCCACGAUUAACCCUUUGUCUCAUUUCAUUGUUUUUUGUUACAAAAGUGUACACUACAAAAUGUACUAAGGCAAUGGUUUUUCAGAUUUCCUCUACAUACAUAGAGCACAAAGAACGUUCUCCUAGCGUUAAAAUUAAUCUUUUAGUAUAUAUGCUUGAUUGGCUACUUACGAUUCCAGCGGUCCAUGGAUUUCAUAUAAGAAACUGGAAGAAGGUUUUUAAAGUAUACGUACUCAAGUACUCUACCACCAAAGAAGGUACUAUUGCAAACUUAUUCAGAACAAAGUUCAAAUUUAGAAUCUGUCCUAGACCGUGAAAAAAUGGUUGCCUUCAGUUCAGCAGCGGGCAGCAUCGAAGGCGCGUUAGUCGAACUCCGCUAACUGUCGCGCCUGCCCGCCUCCCGCCGUGCCCGCACCGCGCGGACUCUCCGAAUAAAAAAGUUUUAUAAAGUUAACCGACUCGAUUAUGAGGAAAUAAUUAAACGUUCGACAUUGUGUAAAUACCAAAAGUUAACAUAAUUUCAUGUUUUGUUAAUAGUUACUAAUUGUUUAGUGGUUGUUGUGAAGUUUGAUUGAAAUAUUUGAAUGGCUGCCAAAACUAGUAAAUGCUGCUGAGUGUCUGUGCCAUUGCGUCUGCUGAUCCGAGUUAUUCGUCCCUGAUGGGUGCAGCGGAGAAGUUAGCAGAAAAACUUUGAACUUAGAUUAUGGGAGAAAAAUGACCAGAUAACAAUUCCAAGAUGGUGUCGCGGACUGAUUCUCGGAUUAAAAAAGUAAUUAUGAUUCUUAUAUGUAACCUGUGUGUUAGUUCAGAGAGUUUGAACAGCAACAAAAGCAAUUUAACUAUAUUAAAUGAAUUCUUAGAUAGUAAUACAAGGAUAGAUUUAAAUGAUUACCUUGAAAGGGAUACUAUUUACAGAACGCAAAGACACGACGAAAAAGUAACAAAUGAAUUUAAUAACACAGAAUAUUUGGAACUAGAUCCAGACAGUUUAAGAAACGAAAUCUACGAUAAAGAUAAAAUGGUUUCAAAUCGAAGCGAGAUAGAAUUUGCAAGAAUCAUGGCAGAAGAUACCACAACGACAGAAGUUGACAAUUAUUCAACAACAGCUUGCCCCGGAGAUCAGGACUAUUGCAAUAUGACAAGAGAGGAGUACAUAGAAAUGUUACAAGAGUACAUAUUUCCGAGGCCAUUCGAAUGGGUCCUUAUAACAACGCAUGCAAUAGUGUUUGUGAUUGGCCUAAUUGGGAACGCCCUAGUGUGUAUCGCGGUGUACAGAAAUCAUUCGAUGAGGACUGUGACGAACUAUUUCAUCGUGAAUCUUGCGGUGGCUGAUUUCAUGGUGAUCUUGAUAUGUCUGCCUCCAACAGUAUUAUGGGACGUGACGGAAACCUGGUUCUUCGGCACUGCCAUGUGUCGAAUAGUGCUGUAUUCUCAGUCGGUGUCAGUGACGGUGUCGGUCCUCACGCUGACGUUCAUCUCCGUGGACCGCUGGUACGCCAUCUGCUUCCCGCUCAAGUUCAAGUCCACCACCGGCCGCGCCAAGACCGCCAUACUCAUCAUCUGGCUCAUUUCUUUACUUUUCAAUGUGCCAGAACUAGCUGUUUUACAAGUGAAGAUGCUCUCUCGACCGCUGAGAUUUGACAUGCAUAAGCAGUACUUCAUGCAGUGCUCAGCGAAGUGGUCAGAUGAAUCUGAACUUAAUUGGAGCAUAAUAAAGGCGGUAUUUCUUUACACGCUUCCGUUAUUCCUGAUGAUGAUCGCAUACUGCCAAAUCGUGAGGGUGUUGUGGCGCUCAGACAACAUCCCAGGACACUCGGAGUCCCACCAGCUAUGCACUACGCCUACUGGACAAAACAACUGGCUAGCAGCGAAGCGUCGCACAACGCCAUCUAUCCACGCGAACGCGUCAACCGAGGGGCAGCUGCGCUCGCGCCGCAAGGCCGCCAAGAUGCUCGUGGCUGUCGUCGUCAUGUUUGCCGUCUGCUACUUCCCCGUGCAUCUUAUUUCAGUCCUUAGAGUGGCAUUCAACGUGCAGCAGAGUGACGUCAUCACGUGCAUCGCGCUCAUCUCGCACGUCAUGUGCUACGCCAACUCCGCGGUCAAUCCCCUCAUAUAUAACUUCAUGAGUGGCAAAUUCCGUCGCGAAUUCCACCGGUCCUACUUCAAAUGCUUCUGCUGUUGCCACGCGCCGCUCUCUCCCGACCGUAACGGCACGUCAUUCGCUCCUAUCGGCAGCUCCCGCGCCGGCACCACUCGCACUGUCGUGCGGCGCAACGACUCCUGCGCCUCCUACCGCCUCACCCACCUCUCCCCUUCCAACCACAACAGCAUCAACAGAGACUUCCCCAGAACCACCAACACUUCAUUCAUAGAGCAGAUCAACGGCAACAGGAGACCGAAACUAAGAGAGGACUCCAUCAGCGAAUCGGCCACCAGGUUUACGUUAACUACCGACGCUUGCAGAGAUUGACGAUUGAGCAAAAAUCUAUUCUGCAAGGAACGAGAGGGCAUAGAGACGUAUAUUGCCCGGAGUACUAACAGCAUCGAUUGUAAACCUUACUACGAUUGCUUUAAAGAUAAGAAAUGCUACAUUAGUGAGGAGAGGCAUAGCGAUACGUACGCAGAUUACCGUGAGUGUGAUAACGAGUGGAAGGAACUGUUUACUGUUAAAGAUGAAACCAAAAACGGGUUUACCUUUAAAUUUAACCGUAGUCUUAAUAGUUGUCAGAUUAAGAAUAAGAGGAAAAUCAACACGGUCUGUUAAAGUAAGUUUUCUAGUUAAGCUGAUAAAUCCUAGUAUCAAGAUCUCUUUAGCUUUUUGAAUAUAUAUUUAUAAUAACAACGUGACAAAUAAGUAAUCCAGCCAAAAACAACGGAACACGAUUCACUUUGAAAAAAAAAACCAAUAACUUAUAAUUUGUCUAUUACAAGCUUUUAUUUUUAACUUGCAAUGUACCUAUGUACAUAGUACAUAGUUAUGUAUGUUUGUA